CACUGCCUUUGAAGGCGCAUCACCACGAGUCGCGCGCCUGAUGCUCGUGCACAUGUAGGCUUCGGUCCAAGUCGAACGCCUGAUCGCAAACCUGCAAGUUUGAAACACUUUUUUCUUUGCGCAUAUAUUAUUUUUGCGCUUUGUUCUAGAAAUCAUGCUUUAUUUUCUGACUGACAUCUCUCUCGACAAUUUAAGCAGAGAGGACCGUUAACGGCCUGAAACUCUGACUGAGCUCUAUGGAGACGAAGCAUGAGAUCCGCAGCCCUUUGUCCCAGCGGCGCAACAGUUUGAGGAAAACAUGUGCAGAGAUAGUCAGAGAAGCCAGGCAAUCCCUGCGAGUUCAGUCCACACAGCGACCGUUUACUCCAAGAGACGGACAGAGGCACCUUUUUGGGACAAACUCUGUCCGGGCAGGUCACGAAGGCAGACCUCCAUCAGCCUUUAGUCUUCAUGCUCAAAACUUUGAUGCUGACUCUAGGCCAGGCUCAGGGACUCGCCUCUCACCUCUCAGUCAUAAACCGAAGCUUCCAGUCCCUUGUAGCGCUGAGGAUUCAUUUAAGGACUUUCCCAAAGCCCCCACUGGGCCGGUAGAAGCGAGGAAAGGGUCGGGACGGGCUCGGUCCCGCCUCCUCAAGCCUGCACCUCUCACAUCGUUGCUGCCUUCCGAAGCAUGCACAGAUGGGCUCAAAGAGAGAUUAAAUCCAGGCCCAGAGCAACAGCAGCUGUCAGCGAAACAACUUUGCAGUCCAGACCUCGCUACAGAUCACAGAGGUCAUCUCAAACCCGGCCCACGCAAAGCAGCCAGUAAAAGCAGUAAAAAUAUCCAGCCCGAUCUUGACUCAGGAGUUGGACCCACGGGGCGCAGAGCAGAACACAAAACAGGGCCGGGGUACGGAGGCAGCACCACAUGCACAGACGAGGAGGAUGCAGAGUCAUUGAUGUGGAAUAAUGUGCUUCUUCCUCUUCUUCAAGAGCUGGAGAGUGCGGCUGCAGGCAGCUCCGGGGGCUCGGUGGACCGCCUGUGCGAUCUGUGUGAGCGUCUGCGCGGCACCUUGGCGGACGCGGACAUGCUCGGUCGACGCUGUAAGAGGAGGUCCGGGAUUCUGCGAACUCUGUUCCGCCUUGUUGAUCUCGACUCCGCUCAGCUCAACCUGCGCAUCGCUGAGCUCUGCCUCGCCCUUCGCGUGAGUGGAAACAACCUGCUCAACAUCUGUAAACUCGUCUUCCAGAUCAGCCGCAGCGAGAGCAACGACAUCCUCUUUGAGAAAACCUCCGUCAUCGAUUCCCUGUUGUCGGUGCUGAACAAUGAAGACGUGCCCGUAUCUGGCGAAGCUCUGCUCUACUGCGUCGCCACUUUAAAGUUUCUCUCUGGGAACGCCACAAUCCUCGGGCUCUUGCUGGCCAAGAACUGUAUUGGUGUUGCACAGGAAGUCAUCCAGAAGCUCUGCAUGGUGACAGACAGCAACGUGACUGCAGCAGGGCACAUCCUGGUCCAGCUAACGGCAACCCUGAGGAACCUUGCAGAUCAUUCGGAUUCCCGCGCACCAUUCGUUUCCUUCGGCGUGCUCCCAGCCCUGUGCCUGGUGUUGCACCGUUACCGCGAAGACAAAGACAUCUGCACCAACAUCUCCAGAAUUUUCAGCAAACUCUCCUCUUACUCCGAGUGCUGUCUCACUUUGGCCCGGACCCCCGACUGCUACGCUCUAAUUUUAGAUCUGCUGAGCAAACAUCUCCAAAAGCAGGACCUUGUUGUGCGUCUUCUCUUCACCCUCGGUAACCUCACGGCCAAAAGCGACGAGUCCCGGCAGCAGCUCUUUCAGUGCAAGGACUGCAUGCCCACGCUCCUCCGAAUUUACAACAGCUACCAGAGGAGAAAUGUGUCGUUAAGUACGGCCUCGCAGAGAGAGGCUUUUUCCUCCAGAGAACCUGCUGCUGCUGCUGCUGCUGCUGCUGCUGCCGACGAUGUGCUGGUGAAGCUGGUCAGGGUGCUGGCAAACAUGUGCAUCCAUCCAGCCGUGGGCCCGUCACUGGCUACAAACGCCACAUGCAUUCAGCUUCUGAUGGAGACAUUAGAGCUGAGGUCUGUGCACGAGAGCGAGGAGCUGCUGGUGAACGCCGCCGCCGCCAUCAACAACCUCUCCUACUACCAAGAAGAAAACUCUGAGAUCAGACACAAUCAGCUCACCGUUGCAAAGUUGAUGUUGAAAUUGCUGCUUAGCUCAAGCAUGGAUGCCAUGCUGGAGGCCACCCGUGUCUAUGGAAACCUGUCACUGCAUAAGGACGUGCGGGACUUUCUUAUGGAAAAUAAAGUGCACAAGUUUGUGGUGACUCUGCUCAACUCGAAGAGAGCCGAGAUGUGUUUUUCCGCCUGCGGGGUCUUGACCAACCUCACUCUAGAGCCUCCCAACCGGGUUUGUCUGGCGCUGGAGGGGGCUUGUGCAAAGUUGGUGGACUGUCUGAGGGAUUUCGGGCCGGCUGACUGGCAGUUGGCAGGCCAGGCCUGUCAGGCCUUGUGGAACCUGAUUGGUCACGGCUCUGACAAGCUGCUGCACACAGAGGAGAGAGAGCGGCUGCUGGAGAUCCUGGCAGCGUACUCAGAUGAAGAGGAGGCUCUGAAGUGGACACAAAAUGAAGAUGAUGAGGAGGAUUUCCACAGAGCAUGCUGGGAGUCAGAGUUUUUACCCGUUGCUCACAAACUGAUGAAGGUAUUCCAUUCCCCAGAAACGACAGUUUGACACAAUCAGAUCGAUGGUUUCAGGGAGAAACGUCUGCGUGUGUUUUCUGCGCUGUCCCUGAAUGUGCUAAGUUUGGAGUUGCAGGAAAAAAAAGCAUCGGAAAUCCCAAGAAAUCUCGUCAUCCGACUGCUGUCACUGUUUGGAAUGACCGAAGCUGCUGUUUUUCACCUUUUACAGGCACUUUAAAGCUAACAUGUUGGGACAUGUGGCAGUUACUAAUUGAUCUGAGGAUGCAGAAUAACAUGUAAACAGAAUCUGCAAAAAAAUGGGUGUAUAUUAUAUUAUAUAUUUUUUUGCAAAGUGUGCAUUAAUGUAAAAAUAUUUAAUCUAUUCUGUGUGACAUCUGUGAAAAACUUUACAAGCACUUUUGGCCAAUAGACUAAACAUCAAAACCCAGGUUUUAUUUUCCCGUAUUUUGGACUUUGGAUGAACUUUUAAAACAGAACGGACUUUGUCACUGUAAAAUGUGUUGGUACGGGUCGUCAAAUGAUAAUGUAGCCUUAAACGAUUCACCUCCCAGAAUAAACAUUUUAUUGUCUGGACAUUGUGACGAAUCGGUGUGCAGAAAACAAGUAAAACAUUUUCAUUUAUUUGCUUCUUGAAGCAUUUAUUGUUACACAGAUAACGGGGCAAGGCAGUGCUUACAAGGUACACUGAAUAGUCCAAGUACAGCAUUUCCAGAUCACAUCAUCAUUACUUAAAAAAAAAA